AGACGAAUUGAAGUUUUAACUAUAAGUUGACGAAAAUGAAACAUUUGGUUGUGUUUUUACUGUGCUCUUAUAUUUUUAUCAAUAAUGAGGCAGCGAUGACUGAUGCUCAGUUAAAAGCCGCACUCAAAUUAUUGAGAAAUGUUUGUCAACCAAAGAACAAAGCUACAAACGAACAAAUUGAGGCCAUGCAUAAGGGAGAUUGGAAUCAAGAUAGAAACGGAAUGUGUUACAUGAAUUGUGUUCUGAGUAUGUAUAAGUUGAUGAAGAAAGAUAAUACGUUGGAUUACGAUGUUGGGAUGAGUACUAUAGAAAAUCAGGCUCCUGAAUCCAUAAAAGUAACAGCCAUACAUGCCCUAAAUUCCUGUAAAGAUGCUGCUAAAACUACUAGUGAUAAAUGUGUAGCAGCUCAUGAAAUCGCACAAUGCAUUUAUUUGGAUAAUCCAGCGGCAUACUUCUUACCUUGAAAACAUACGUUUAUCUACCCGAAUUUCACCCCAAAUUUUUGGAAACAAUGGAAUAUGUAUAACUAAUUAGUUGAAAUAAGACUUUUGUCACAUAUUUGAUGAAAUAAAAUUUUGUUAAUUCAGAA